GGCAUGAGCGCGAUAGCACGCAAUGCGCCCGCGCUGGUGAUCAGAACAAACAUGUAAAUUCGAAACUCGUUUUCUGUGUGUUAUUAGUGUUGUGAUAAAAAUGAAGAUUUAUAAUACCAUCAUAAUUUUUCAAUUUAUAUUAUGGCUUGGCGCCUUUAGCCCCAUGGUGAUAGCUGAACCAGACAACUACGAUAUCCUGAGUCUAGUCCGUGCGAAUGUUUUGACCGAUUUUAUAGAUAUAGUCAAAGGCACAGAUGUGUAUGGCGCCAUUAAACUUGUAAAAAACGAAUUAAUUACUAUUAAACUGGAUCAAUUCCCAGAUCCAAUAAACCAUCUAGCAACUCCUUUUGAAAUAUAUGCCUUAGUGAAGUUGAACGUGGAUGUGACGUCAUGUUUGUUUCAAAUCAUAUCGAAUAAAGAAAACAAACUCAGUCUAUGUUUUACACCUGAAGGAGAAGAUUUAAUUAGAAUUACAUUAAAUGGUAGCGAUCUACCAGAAAAUGGAAUAUCUUUCCAUUACUUGAUAGAAGAUUAUAAUGCAUUUGUAAAUAUAAUCUUAGCUGUGAAUGAUAAAAAUGUGGAAUUUUACUCUAACUGUGAAAAAAUUGAAACCCAAUAUUUCGAUUCCGACUACACCAUCGAAAGCAUAAAUCUCGAAAAAGAUUCUAUACUACAUUUUGGCAAAUUGACCGAAGAAAGUAAUUUAUUUGAGGCUGCGAUACAGACACUUGUGAUUUAUCCAAAGCCUGAUAUUAAUGGACGAAGAUAUAUAUGUUCCGAUGAUAAAUUGCCGGCUAGCAUUAAAGCUAACCCGAGCACCGAAAGUAAUGAUUUCACAAAGGCAGAAAACCUCGAAGUGAAUACGUUUAUUGAUUUUGAUUCAAGCGAAAAAAUAUCAACCAACUCCCUGUUUGAUAGCACUGAAGAAACUGUUGUUAAAGGAGAAAAAGGUGAUAAGGGGGACAAGGGCGAGAAAGGCGAUCGAGGAGACAAGGGUGAACGAGGUGAAUCUGUCAUGGGUGAACGUGGCCCAAUUGGUCCUGAUGGAGCUCCUGGAACACCGGGUGUGAUGGGAAAAGAAGGCUCCUGCAAAUGUUCAGAAGCUAUUGUGUCAGACUUACUACUAAAAAUGCCAGAAAUGAGAGGACCUCCAGGUGACUACGGGCUGAAAGGCGAUAGAGGUGAAAAGGGGGUGAAAGGAGAUAGCGGAUUACCAGGAAAAGAUGGUAGAGAUGGUAAUAAAGGCGAUCCCGGUAUACAAGGUCCUCCUGGAACACCAGGUCUUGUUCGUAAGGAAAUAGUAGAGACAAAAGUGCCAGUUGUUGGAGAAAAAGGAGAAAGAGGGCCCGUUGGACCACCUGGUACUCCUGGUAGACACGGCUUAAGAGGAGAAAAAGGAGACAAAGGUGAACCGGGUCUCAUGGGACUACCUGCAAAACUAUCAUCGAUAUUAGACGAGGACAUCGAUCCUAAUGAAGAAAAGGCUAUCGUCGAAAAAUUCAGAGGAUAUAAAGGGGCAAGUGGUCCUGAAGGACCGAAGGGUGAAAAAGGGGAUACAGGAGCAAUUGGUCCUCAAGGUGAAACUGGCAGAGAUGGUAUUCAGGGUCCCCCAGGAAAACAUGGACAUAAAGGAGAAACUGGCAAAGAUGGAUCAAAGGGUGACAAAGGAGAACCAGGAAUACCCGGUCCUCCUGGUACUGUGCCAUCAUCUCAAAUAAGUCUCAUGAAAGGACCGAAAGGUGACCGUGGUCCACCAGGUCAGACCGGUCCUCGAGGACCAACGGGACAUCAUGGAAAAGUGGGCCCCAUAGGACCACCGGGUAAAAGCCACAAGGGACAGCCUGGAAAACCAGGUCCUAUGGGACCCAAAGGGGAAAAGGGUGCUACUGGACCUAGAGGAGAAAAAGGUGAAGGGUUGUCGCCCAGUGAUAUCGAGAGGUUAAAAGGACAUAAAGGUGACAGAGGUGAAAUUGGUUUACCUGGUGAAGCUGGAAAGCCUGGGUUGCCGGGGACUUGUGGCGAAUGUGUUCGCGUAUCAAUCCCGGGCCCAUCUGGACCACCGGGACCUCCGGGUCCAUCAGGUCCUCCUGGAGUCUCUAUCAUCGGUCCUAAAGGAGAACCUGGUGGAUUAGUAACUAAGAAAUCAUUUUUUGCAUUCAAUGACAUUCAUCAUGAGAGCACAGAUGAAGACGAUGAUUUUUAUACAGCAGCGACUGUUAUUUUCAAAACAACUACCGGUCUUCUUAAGAGAACUACUGACACCCCUCUGGGGACGCUGGCAUAUAUAUUACAAGAGAAAAUAUUAUUAAUGCGGGUUGAAAAUGGAUGGCAAUACGUUGUGAUGGGUUCUUUUUUGCAAACAAGGGAAUCACAUACCAGCACAACAUUCAGACCAACGUACUAUUCAUCAACUCCAUCAAGUCCACCCUCUUCAGACGAAACGACAGAGAAUAAUGAAGACAAUUACAUACGUUUGGUCGCCUUAAACCAAGCAUAUGCAGGAAAUAUACUUAUGGCAAACAAUAGAACUGGGCGUAAUGCUGCUGACCAGGAAUGUUACCGACAAGCUUAUAUACAUAAUUUUAAAAGCACUUUUGCAGCCUUCCUAGCUACUAGGGUUGAAGAUCUAAGAUUUAUUGUAAAAAGAAAACGAGACAGAUAUGUUCCGGUAGUCAACUUGUACGGACAAGUUCUUUUCGAUUCCUGGGCGAGCAUGUUUAAUGGUUCGGGAGCACUGUUUGCAAAAUCAAGUAUUUACAGCUUUAAUGGAAAAAAUGUUCAGAUUGAUACUACUUGGCCUUUAAAAGCUGUAUGGCAUGGCAGCAACUCUUUUGGCACAGUUUUAUCAAGAGCAAAUUGCAAUGAAUGGACGAGUGACAGUCCGCUGAACGUUGGCGCGGCCUCCCUACUAUAUACCCAUAGACUAUUAGAGGAAGAACAACAUACCUGUGAUAAAAAACUAAUUGUACUCUGUGUCGAAGUUACAUCAAAUUCAUACAAGCUUAGAAGACAUUCACACAGUACAAGGUCCCAUGGCAGAAUUCACCAAAAACCUUACGAUAAUCGGAUAUCAACGUCGUAACGUCAUAUUAAAAAAAAUUAGUCAUUAUUUUUACGAGUCAAUGAGUAUUACAUUAAACCAGAAAUGCAAUUGUUACACUUAUGUUUUUUUUUUUAAUUAAUUAAUGUAUAGUUAACUUAUUCCUAUUUUUGUAACAAAUAACGAUUUCGUCUUAAGUUUAUUCAUAUUUUGUAAAUACUGUGCAACGUAUUGUUUUGUGGGUGUCUCACUAGUCUUCGUGGACCGUGAAUUGUGGUGGAGCACAAUUAUGUGUUUUGUGUUGAACAUGAAGUUUUCAUAGAAAAAUAAAUUCAACGAAAAAGUUAACAGACAGUAUUUGGUAAAAUUUAUGCAAAAUAAUCUUUCGCAUAAGUAAUUUGUUUUUUUUUAUGUAAGAUGUGUUCACUAAGGUAAAGAUUUUGUUGUAAUGUAAAAGAGAAAUGUUAGGUGCCAUGACUUUUUAGUUUUAUUAAAUUUAAAUAAAUGAAAUAAAA